GCCGGGGGCUGAUGCGGGCCCGGGGCCGAGGCCGGCCCCUCCGAGCAGCCGGGCCGCGGGAGGGGGGGCGCCCACAGAGGGAGAGGUAGGCCCCGGAGCCUGCUCUCUCUUCCCAGGGCCCAGGCGUCUUGGGCCCCCCAACUUCCUACUGGGCUGACCAGCCCUCCUAUCCCUGGUGUCGCCUCUCAGGGGGAGGGCCCCGCUGAGAUGGGGGCUCUGGUGCUGGACAAGGAGCCCAGAGGAGCCGUCGAGCGAGGCCAUGCCACAAAGUCAUUCCCCUCUUCCCCCAGCAAAGGGGGUGCCUGUCCCAGCCGCGCCAAGAUGUCAAUGACGGGGGCGGGGAAGUCACCCCCCUCGGUCCAGAGUUUGGCGAUGAGGCUGCUGAGUAUGCCUGGGGCCCAGGGGGCAGCGGCAGGGCCUGAACCCCCUCCAGCUACAACCAGCCCAGAGGGGCAGCCCAAGGUCCACCGAGCCAGGAAAACCAUGUCCAAGCCGGGCAAUGGACAGUUGGAGUUGGGGUCUGCCCGGGGCUCAGGAGAGAUGACCCUGGAGAAGGCGAAUGCGGGGCUCCAGGAGGAGUGGGAGACGGUGGUGGGGGACGACUUCAGCCUCUACUAUGACUCCUACUCUGUGGACGAGUGUGUGGACUCGGACAGCAAGUCUGAGGUUGAAGCACUGGCUGAACAACUGAGUGAGGAAGAGGAGGAAGAGGAGGAGGAAGAAGAGGAGGAGGAGGAGGAGGAAGAGGAAGACGAGGAGUCUGGCAAUCAGUCUGACAAGAGUGGUUCCAGCGGCCGGAGAAAAGCCAAAAAGAAAUGGCGGAAGGACAGCCCCUGGGUGAAGCCGUCCCGGAAACGGCGGAAGCGGGAGCCUCCACGGGCCAAGGAGCCACGAGUGUCCAACGAUACGUCUUCCCUGGAGACGGAGCGCGGGCUGGAGGAGCUGCCGCUGUGCAGCUGCCGCAUGGAGGCGCCCAAGAUCGACCGCAUCAGCGAAAGAGCGGGGCACAAGUGCAUGGCCACGGAGAGCGUGGACAGAGAGCUGUCGGGCUGCAACGCCGCCAUCCUCAAGCGGGAGACCAUGAGGCCCUCGAGCCGCGUGGCCCUGAUGGUGCUCUGCGAGGCGCACCGGGCCCGCAUGGUCAAGCACCACUGCUGCCCGGGCUGCGGCUACUUCUGUACAGUGGGCACCUUCCUGGAGUGCCACCCCGACUUCCGUGUGGCCCAUCGCUUCCACAAGGCCUGUGUGUCCCAGAUGAACGGCAUGGUCUUCUGUCUCCACUGUGGGGAGGAUGCAUCCGAGGCCCAGGAGGUGACCAUCCCCCGGGGGGACGGAGUGACCCCACCAGCUGGCACUGCAGCCCCCGCGCCCCCACCCCUGGCCCAGGAUGCCCCUGGGAGAGCGGAUACCUCCCAGCCCAGCGCCCGGAUGCGCGGGCAGGGGGAGCCUCGGUGUACACCCUGCGACCCCGUGGCUGACACCAUCGACAGCUCGGGGCCCUCCCUGGCCCUGCCCAGUGGGGGCUGCCUCUCGGCCGUGGGGCUGCCACCUGGGCCAGGCCGGGAGGCCCUGGAAAAGGCCCUGGUCAUCCAGGAGUCCGAGCGGCGGAAGAAACUCUGCUUCCACCCCCGGCAGUUGUACCUGUCAGUGAAGCAGGGGGAGCUGCAGAAGGUGGUCCUGAUGCUGUUGGACAACCUGGACCCCAACUUCCAGAGCGACCAGCAGAGCAAGCGCACACCCCUGCACGCGGCCGCCCAGAAGGGCUCCGUGGAGAUCUGCCACGUGCUGCUGCAGGCUGGAGCCAACAUCAACGCCGUGGACAAGCAGCAGCGGACGCCGCUGAUGGAGGCCGUGGUGAACAACCACCUGGAGGUGGCCCGCUACAUGGUGCAACGCGGCGGGUGUGUCUACAGCAAGGAGGAGAACGGCUCCACCUGCCUCCACCACGCAGCCAAAAUCGGGAACUUGGAGAUGGUCAGCCUGCUGCUCAGCACAGGACAGGUGGACGUCAACACCCAGGACAGUGGGGGGUGGACGCCCAUCAUCUGGGCCGCGGAGCACAAGCACAUCGAGGUGAUCCGCAUGCUGCUGACGCGCGGCGCCGACGUCACCCUCACAGACAACGAGGAAAACAUCUGCCUGCACUGGGCCUCCUUCACCGGCAGUGCCGCCAUCGCCGAGGUCCUCCUGAACGCCCGCUGCGACCUCCACGCCGUCAACUACCACGGGGACACGCCCCUGCACAUCGCAGCCCGGGAGAGCUACCACGACUGUGUGCUGCUGUUCCUGUCGCGUGGAGCGAACCCUGAGCUGCGCAACAAGGAGGGGGACACUGCAUGGGACCUGACCCCCGAGCGCUCGGACGUGUGGUUUGCGCUCCAGCUCAACCGCAAGCUGCGGCUCGGCGUGGGCAACCGGGCCGUCCGCACGGAGAAGAUCAUCUGCCGGGACGUGGCUCGGGGCUAUGAGAACGUGCCCAUUCCCUGUGUCAACGGUGUGGACGGGGAGCCGUGCCCCGAGGAUUACAAGUACAUCUCGGAGAACUGCGAGACUUCCACCAUGAACAUUGACCGCAACAUCACCCACCUGCAGCACUGCACCUGUGUGGACGACUGCUCCAGCUCCAACUGCCUGAGCGGCCAGCUCAGCAUUCGCUGCUGGUAUGACAAGGACGGGCGGCUGCUCCAGGAAUUUAACAAGAUCGAGCCCCCGCUGAUCUUCGAGUGUAACCAGGCCUGCUCCUGCUGGAGAAACUGCAAGAACCGGGUGGUGCAGAGCGGCAUCAAGGUUCGACUGCAGCUCUACCGAACAGCCAAGAUGGGCUAGGGGAUCCGUGCCCUGCACACCAUCCCCCAAGGAACCUUCAUCUGCGAGUAUGUCGGGGAGCUGAUCUCCGAUGCCGAGGCUGACGUCAGAGAGGAUGAUUCUUAUCUCUUCGACUUGGACAACAAGGAUGGAGAGGUGUACUGCAUCGAUGCCCGUUACUACGGCAACAUCAGCCGGUUCAUCAACCACCUAUGUGACCCCAACAUCAUCCCUGUCCGGGUCUUCAUGCUGCACCAAGACCUGCGGUUUCCACGCAUCGCCUUCUUCAGUUCCCGGGACAUCCGCACCGGGGAGGAGCUGGGGUUUGACUAUGGCGACCGCUUCUGGGACAUCAAAAGCAAAUAUUUCACCUGCCAGUGUGGCUCGGAGAAGUGCAAACACUCGGCCGAGGCCAUUGCCCUAGAGCAGAGCCGCCUGGCCCGCCUGGACCCCCACCCCGAGCUGCUGCCUGAGCUGGGCUCCCUGCCCCCUGUCAACCCCUGAGAGUGGACCAUACCCCCCCCCCCAUGCCACCAGCUCAGCAGCUGCCUCUCACUUGCUGCUUACAUCCACACCACGCUGGGGGCACUGCCAUCUCUCCCACUCGCCCUUCACACAUUCCGGCCAGAGACCCCAGCCAGGCCCUGGAGGUCUGACAGCCCCUCGCCCAGGGCUGGUUCCUCCCUGGGAGGGACUUCAGGGGUGGCCGCCCCGUCCCCAUCCUCAGCUGAUGUUUGAUGAACUGAAAUGGGCCUCUGUGCCAGCUGGUGUCUUGGUUCUCAAUAAAUGUUGGGUUUGGUAA